AUGAGAAUGACUCAAAAUUAUGUAGCAUACUCAGCAUCUCAACAGCUAAAUAGUCAGGUUGGUCCAAAUACUUCAAAUGUCCAACCUAUGAGUAGUACUUCAUCUCCAACUUUAAGAACUAUUAACCAACAAACAACUCAAUAUAGUGGAUACUCUGCAGGAACAGUGAUGCAGUCACAUGGAACAGCAACUCAAUAUAAAUAUGAAAAUGCUGACUUAAUAAAUUCCUCUGAAUAUGGAGCUACUACACAAACAGGACAGUCUACCAACACGGUGAAUUCUUUAUCUACAAAUACAAAUUAUAACAAUAAAAGUAUACAACCUCCAAACAGCAUGGGAACAUAUCCUUCUUAUAAUUUAUCUGGUGAAGAUACUAAUUACUCGAAAAUUACUGCUACAUCAAAUUGUAAUUCUCAGCUAGAUACAAACAAUGGUAGAAAUCUUGCAAACUCUCAGAACUAUACACAACAAUCUGUAGGCAUGCCAUUAUCUUAUGGAUCUAGUUCUUCAAAUUUAUCAUAUGCUCAAUCUGUAUCUAUGUUAUCAAAUAACGUGAGUAACCAAAUCUCUGAUUUAUAUAACCAAGUAUCAACAUUAAUAAAAUCUAUUCAGACUAGAGUUGAUCCAGCCCAAAUUCCUCGACCAAUAUAUGGAAAUAUAACUGAGGAUGAAUGUAAGAUUUAUGAGAGUGAUAAAUAUAUUUUACCUCCUUUAUCUUUAUAUGAAUCAUUUAUUCAAAUAUUGGAUAGAGGGAAUUCUACAUGUAACUUUUUUCGUUUAACUUUAAAUCAGAUACCAAGCCAGCAUUCAAUUUUGCAAUCUAUGAGACUUCCUUUUUCAGUAAUAAUUCAACCAUUUCCCCAUUUGCCAGAUUUUGCAGAGCCCAUUCCAGUUGUUAAUACAUCCUCAAAUAUAGAUCCAGUUAGAUGUUUACGAUGCAAAGCAUAUAUCAACUCUUUUACAACUGUCUCUUCUGAUGGAAAUCAGUGUGUUUGCAAUUUUUGUGGUCAUAUAUUUGAAAUUCCUUUGGAUUAUUUAAGAGUAUUACAAUCUCAGUUUAGAAGCCAGGUUCAAACAUGCAGUAAUGUACCUCAAAUAGAUGAAAAUUACCCAGAAUUAAGUUAUGGUGUUGUAGAUUACUUUGCCCCUGCAAGUCUUGGAGUUCCUAUAAACCCAGAUUUGCCGAGUUAUUGCUUUGUUAUAGAAGCCUCAUUAUUAGCAGUUCAAUAUGGGAUAACUGGUACAGUUUUAUAUUGUCUAAAAUACCUUUUUUCUCAACUUGCUGCUUCAUGCCCAGAUAUUCACAUUUCUUUGAUCUUAUUUUCUAAGGAUCUGAUGUUAUUUCCUUUACAGAAACGUAAUUUUAAGGAUUUUGAGAAUUUAGAUGAAUAUGAUAUAUCAUCAAAUUCUGCAAAGUGCGGACUAUUUUCUACUAGGAUGUGUGUUGUUACAGAUAUUCAAGAACCUUUCAUGCCUUGUCCAAUACAAGAAUUAAGUAUACCUAUAGGAGAAAAUAUUGAAUUUCUCUCAGAUAUAUUGGAUCGAAUUCCAGAGUUAAUUCAGUCUCAUUCUACAAAUUAUAGUGCAUAUUUUUCAGCUAUCUCUUUAGCUAGCCAAAUAAUGGCUGCUAAAAAUACUGGUGGGACUAUAUUUACAUUUUGUUCAUCUGCUCCAAAUAUUGGGAUUGCUUCAAUUAAUACUAAGGAUAUAACUGCAGGACCUAAGUCACCUCCAAGAAGAACAUCUAAGGGUUUAAAAUAUUCUUGUGGUUUUGUCUCAGGAUAUAUUGUUCAAAAUAUGCAACAACUUGACAAUAUAAUUCAAUAUUGUCGUAAUAAUAAUACUUCUGUAGAAUCUUUUAUUUUAUCUCCUACUAUAUAUGAUGGAAGUAAGGUAAUAAACAAUAUUUUAUCUUGUAGUACUUUGGCUUAUAUUCCUCAGCAUACAGGUGGUAAAAUCCGCUUAUUAUCGAAUUUUUCAGCUCCAAAAAAUUAUCAAGAUUUAUAUCAAACUCUUUACAAUAUUUUUAUGAUCCAGCCUAUAGCUUAUGAUUGCACAUUUAAGCUUAGAUGUUCUCGUGGAAUAGCAAUUAGUAAAGUAUAUGCUCCUUGGACUGCAGGAAGUUCUACUCCUGACUUAUCUGCAUUUCAAAUCCCUAAAAUAGAUAGUCACACUUCAAUUGCAUUCAUUCUCAGACACGAAGAAAGCUUAGAUCAGAUUAAAACUGUCUAUUUACAAGCUGCAUGUUUAUAUACAUGUAAAAACAAAAAACAACGCAUGCUAAGGGUUUUAACAUUAUCAGUACCUGUAACUACGAGUAUUACAACAGCUUUUAGAUAUGCUUCUGUUGAACCCUUGAUUAAUUUAUACACAAGAAUGGCAGCUCAUCAUAUAAUUAGUAAAGGUCAGAGAGAUUUGACUAAUACAUCGAAUUCUGUUGUUUCUAACCUUACUUUUACAUCAAACCAAUCUCCAGGAUCAAUACUGAAGUCAUGGAGGCAAGAAACCUUAAAUUCAAUAAUUGAGAUGCUCUUUGCAUAUAGAGAAAAUUGUGCAAAUACUUCUUCCAGUGGUCAACUAAUUCUCCCAGAUUCUCUUAAGCUUGUCCUUGUUUAUACUUCAUCUAUAUUUAAAAAUCCUGCAUUGAUGCCUCUUAACACUGUAUUAGAAUAUUCUCUUGAUGAACAAAUAGUUGGGCUACAUACUCUUUUAUAUGCCUCAGUUGGAUAUACUAGUGCUCAUUUGUAUCCAAGACUAUAUUCAUUUCAUCACUCAAUACUAACUGGGACUCCUGAAUUACAACAGCUAGAAUCAUUGGGUUUACCUUAUGAAUUAACAAUGUCAAAUUCAAAUUCUUCUAUGUAUUUAAAGUUAACAAGAUUUUGGCUUAACUCAAGCCUUCCUUGUAGUGGAGAAAGAGUUUUUUCUGAUGGAAUUUACAUAUUAGAAGAUGGGGUAAAUAUAUAUAUAUAUAUUGGAUCACAAGUUAGUUCAAAUGUAAUUCGUGAAAUAUUUAAUGUUGACUUCAUUACAAAAGAAAACAUAGACACUCUGGAAGUACCAACAAACAUAAAUGAAUCUAAUAAUACAACUAUAGCAUCAAGAUUAUCAAAUAUUAUAUAUCAAAUUAGGAUGGAUCGUUCAAAUAUUGCUAAUCAUCUCCCUAUUAAGUUAGUUUCAAGUGUCACUGAAUUGAAUGAAGCAAGAUUCAAACAUUUACUAAUUGAAGAUGCAAUUGGAUGUGAAUCAUCAUAUGUUGACUUUUUAUGUAAUGUACAUAAACUCGUACAAAACAAACUGGUUGAAUCUUAA